AUGAAGUUCGCUUCCCUUUCACUCCUUGCGCUGGGCGCUCUUCUCCCGGAAUGGGCCAACGCCGAGCUCUCCGGCAGCGUCGGACCGACCACUACUCGGGCAGCCAAGGCGGCCAAGAAAACGUGCAAGAUCACGGACUACGGCGCCAAGACCGGUGCCACCGGCGACAUUGGCGCCGCUCUCAAGUCCGCGUGGGAUGCCUGCAAGACUGGCGGAGAGAUCGUGAUCCCGGAGGGAGAAUGGGGUCUUGGCACAUGGCAGACGCUCUCGGGAGGUACUGGCGUCUCGAUCAACCUCGAGGGCACCAUCUACCGCACCGGUACUGCUGGCGGCCACAUGAUCAUCGUCCAGAAGUCUACCGAUGUUGAAUUCUACAGCGGCAACUCCAAGGGUGCCAUGCAGGGCUAUGGCUAUGAGUUCCAUAAGCAGGGCAAGGGUGUCUACGGACCCCGACUCCUGAGAUUCGUCUCUGUCACCGACUUCAGCGUCCACGACAUUGCUCUCGUCGAUUCCCCCGCUUUCCACAUCAUCCUGGACAGCUGCAAGAACGGCGAUGUUUACAACAUGAUCAUUCGUGGAGGAAACGAGGGAGGUCUCGAUGGCCUCGACCUGAUGGCUGCCACCAACGUGCACGUUCAUGACAUUGAGGUCACCAACAAGGAUGAAUGUGUCACCGUCAAGAACAAGUCUAGCCACGUUCUCGUCGAGGACAUUUUCUGCAACUGGUCUGGUGGCUGUGCCAUCGGUUCCCUGGGCGCCGACACUGCCAUCUCCGACAUCACCUACCGCAACAUCUACACCGUCAACUCGAACCAGAUGAUGAUGAUCAAGAACAACGGCGGUGACGGUGUCUUCCAGAACUCCCGCUUUGAGAACUUCAUCGGCCACGGCAACGCUUACUCCCUCAAGAUCGACUCCGCCUGGGCUGGCCAGAGCAAGGUCUCCGGCAACGGUGUGGAGUACAAGAACCUGACUUUCUCCAACUGGAAGGGUACUGCUGCCAACGGCGCCUCCCGCGGCCCUGUUGUCGUUCUCUGCGCGGCCGCGGUCCCCUGCGAGAACAUCGACGUCUCCGGCAUCAACAUCUGGACCGACGCCGGUUCCUCCAUCGUUGACAAGUGCAGCAACGCAUUCGGCAAGGGUCACUGCCUCCGUACUGGCUCUGGCACCUACACCAGCACUGCGACCACCAAGACUGUCGCCGGCUACGAGGCUACCACCAUGCCUGGCCAGAUCACUGCCGGCUUGGGUCUCACGGCUUCCAUCCCGAUCCCGGCUGUGCCCACCACCUUCUUCCCUGGCCAGAAGCCCAAGACUGCUCUGCUUGGCUCUGCCUAA